GUUCAAUAGGACGGGAAUAUUGUGUGGACAUGGUCUCAAAGUGCUUGAUUUGAUGAAUAUAAAAGUAUUGCCAUCACAUUAUUUCUUAAAAAGAUGGACUAGAGAAGCACGCAAUGGAAGCAUACAAGAUAGACAAGGAAGGAAUGUGGUAGAAAAUCCAAAGUUGGAAGCUCAACUUCGGUACAAAGAUUUGUCUCACAAAUUUCACACUUUGGCAUAUAAAAUAGCCUACUCUCUGGAAUGUUGUUUGCUGUUAGAAAAUGCACUUGAUUGCAUUGGUCCACAACUAGAGGAUAAACUGAACGCAAUUGCCAAUGCGACGAGUAAGCCAUGUAAUGGCGAAAAAAAUGUUGACCCAAAUGUGCAGCAAACAAAUGAGGUUCUUAGUGCAGAAAUAAAAGAGGUUCUUAGUGCUGCAAAGCUCAAGAAAAAAGAGGUUCAAUUAAAAAAUUUGAGGAGAAGAAAAAAUUGGUUUGAUAAGUUACUCAAAGGGAAGCGCAAGCCAACUAAAGUUGUGGCAUCCAAAAACCAAAGAGCAAAGAAACAAAAGAAACAUGAUGGUGUAGGGCCUCAAGUAGGAGUGAAGAAGGAUGGGCGCGAUGAAGGAGCAAAUAUGGAGUUUCAAGGGUGCAACAAGAUAAUGAGUUACACGCAACUCUUGACAGCUACCCGUUAUGAUGAAGAUCUGUUCUAGUAUUUAGAAGCUUGUUAGAUAGUAUUUUGGGAGUGUCGACUAGUAUUUUGGACAGUGCUUGACUAUAGUAUUUUGGACUU